CGAGUCUCCGUCUGUUUUUCAGAGUUCCGUCGAUUCACUUGCUUCAGCUGGCCGCGUAAGUGAAGCACCAGGUCUAUCUGCAUUUGCCGCGCCUGUGGCUCCCAUGCAAGGCAAACGCGAAACACGUGUCGCAGAUUGAGCUAUUUAAUAAGAAUUUUUCUCUGGAUGCGCAAGCAUCGACCACCACGACCACCGAACACCAACUCGACCAGCUUUAGACAUUCUGUUCCAGAUUUGGCGAUUCUCAGGCUCGAUAGAAACUGUACUACAGGUGAAAGAGAGGUAGACGUGGAGAUCCUUUUGAAUCAGUUGAAACCUAAGAUACUUAUUUUUUUCGCGUUUGAAGUGUGCUCUUCUGACAAGAAAAGGCAGUGGAUGUAUUCGUAUCUAUUCUGCUUAAGUACUUUGCUAUCUUCAUGUGUUCUUUCUAUUUCCUUGUUGACUGAUCAGAAGAAGCGCUGUUGUAAGGUUUGCAAAAUUCACUGUCCAUUCACUGGUAACUACGCGGAAAAUAUGUAGGCGGGUUCUUUACGGAACUCGCUCAAGAUACAAAAAAAAGAAAACUGUCCAGAC